GACCGUGCGUCUGGCUCACACCCUCACACUUGGUUUCACUAUGCGCUCGUUUAAAAAAAAAAAAAAAAAAAAAACGGCUGGUCUACUACAAACCGUGCAGGUGCUGUGCGUCUUUGGGAGAGGAGGUUGCGGAUGGACGGAUGAGAAGAAGGAGGGAAAAAGAAAGGAUGAUGAAGGGAAGACGAAGAGAAGAACAUAGGAUGUGAGACGGAGAGGCUAAGAAAAAAAAAGAAAGAAGGCGUGUAGCUGUUAAAUGUGCAAGGUCGAAUAUGAGAGAGAUUGGUCGAAAGUGGCACUUUUGCGUGGUGAAGGCUGGUCGGUAAUAGUACUAUGAUUUGGUAUGUGGCCACUCUGAUAGCAAGUGUAUUCAGCAGCAGAGGAACGGCCGCUCAAGGUGCCCAAACAGUGAGGGAGGAGCCCCGGUUUGUGACAGCGCGUGCUGGAGAGAGCGUGAUCCUGGGGUGUGACGUAUCCCCUCCCCUGGACGGCCAGCAGCCACCCUAUGUGGUGGAGUGGUUCAAGUUCGGUGUGCCAAUUCCCUUCUUUAUUAACUUCCGCUUCUACCCACCUCAUGUGGAUCCAGAGUACACAGGUCGAGCCACCCUGCAUGGGAAGGCCUCCCUGCAGAUUGAGCCAGUGCGCUCAGAGGACCAGGGCUGGUACGAGUGCAAGGUCCUGAUGCUGGAGCAACAGUUCGACACCUUCUACAACGGCAGCUGGGUGCACCUCACAGUUAACGCUCCGCCUUUAUUUCUCUCCACACCACCACAGUAUGUUGAAGCCAAGGAAGGAGGAAGCACUCUGCUCAGCUGCUCUGCCCAGGGAAACCCCAAACCCUUGAUCAGCUGGCUACGGGAGGGGGAGGAACUUACAACAAAUGCUAAAUAUUCAGUACAUGAUGGUAGUCUGACCAUCCUUGGCAUCACUCGAGAUGACAGAGGGGCGUACACAUGCCGAGCCCACAGUGACCAGGGUGAAGUUCUCCACACGACCCGUCUGUUGGUUCAAGGGCCUCCAUACAUUGUGUCACCCCCAGAAAACGUCACCGUCAACAUUUCCCAGAAUGCACUCUUUACCUGCCAGGCCGAGGCCUAUCCUGGCAACCUGACCUACACUUGGUUCUGGGAGGAGGACAACGUCUACUUCAAGAAUGAUAUGAAGCUGCGUGUGCGCAUCCUCAUUGACGGCACCCUCAUCAUAUACCGGGUUAAGCCAGAGGAUGCUGGGAAAUACACCUGCAGUCCGAGCAACAGCCUCGGCAUCUCGCCCUCAGCAUCGGCCUACCUGACUGUUCAAUAUCCUGCCCGUGUGAUCAACAUGCCCCCAGUUAUUUACGUCCCACGGAAGCUGCCCGGCAUCAUCCGCUGCCCUGUGGACGCCAACCCACCGGUGAUGUCAGUGAAGUGGGAAAAAGAUGGCUACCCUCUGCGAGUGGAGAAGUACCCUGGUUGGAGUGUGAUGCCAGACGGAAGCAUUAGGGUCGCGGAGGCCACAGAAGACUCCCUGGGCACCUACACCUGUGUGCCUUACAACGCCCUGGGUACCAUGGGCAUGUCCCCCCCUGCUAGUCUGGUGCUAAAGGAUCCCCCUUACUUUAACGUAAGGCCUGGGGGGGAGUACCGUCAGGAGGCUGGGCGAGAGCUUGUAAUACCAUGUGCUGCUUCUGGAGACCCUGAUAUUCCUACUAUCACCUGGAGAAAGGUGGGGAAGCCGAGCAGGAGUAAGCACAACAUCCUCCCCAGCGGCAGCUUACAGUUCGUCUCCCUCAGCAAGGAAGACCACGGAGAAUGGGAGUGUGUCGCCACCAAUGUGGUCACAAGCAUCACUGCCAGCACGCGAAUCCUCGUCAUCGGCACCAGCCCACAUGCUCCAGGAAAUAUCCACGUCCUGCCCGCUACAACUUCUGCUAACGUUUCCUGGGAACCAGGUUAUGACGGUGGCUUUGAGCAGACGUUCUCUGUGUGGUACGGUCCAGUAUCAAAGAGAACAGACUUCGGUCCUCAUGACUGGCACUCAAUGCCAGUUUCUGGUGCUCAGACCUGGUUGGUGGUGCCAGGACUGGAGCCUGGGACUGAGUACCAGUUCAGUGUGUUGGCCCAGAACAAACUGGGCACAGGUCCAUUCAGUGAAGUAGUGACAGUCAACACUGCAGGCUCCCCUCUGGGUACCCCAGAACCACUGGUGCUUCUUACUCCACCACGGUGCCUCACCGCCAAUCGCACCCAGCAUGGUGUCCUCCUCACGUGGCUUCCGCCCGCUAACCACUCCUCACCCAUCGAUCGGUACAUCAUGGAGUUCCGCCUUGGGGAGAGAUGGGAGGUUCUAGAUGACUUGAUCUCAUCCACAGAGACUGAGAUCAUAGCCAAAGACCUUGUUCAGGAGGCCUGGUAUGAGUUUCGAGUGAUGGCUGUCAUGGACGACCUGAUCAGUGAGAGCAGCAACGUGGUCGGAGUUUCUAGUACAGAUCCCUUCCCUCCUCCAGAGUUGCCUGACGAGGGCCUGGCCCGACCGGUGGUGGCAGGAGUUGUUGCGACCAUAUGUUUCCUGGCAGCGGCUGUCCUCUUUAGCACUCUGGCUGCCUGCUUUGUCAAUAAACAACACCGACACAAACUCAAACGUAAACCAGAUCCUCCCUUGUCUGUGACACACUUUAGGAAGAGCAUUGAGUCACCGCCUCCUCUGACCCCAUUGCCUGGGGUAGAGCCCUGCUGGGACGAGCCUGCCAGGAGCAGUUUCUUGCCUCCACCUGCCAGCCCCCUGUUAUCUUCGGGGAAGAUAAGUCCAGAGAGCUCUCCUCCAUCACGACCCCGCUCUCUUUCCUCAGAAGGGUCCCAGGGUCCAGGCCUGUACGUCAGGAAACUGCCAAGCCCUCAGAGUGAAAAAGACAAAGAGCUUUCUUUUUACAAGAAAACCAAGCGCGCCAUAACCAGCAAGAAAUACAGUGUUUCCAAGCAUGAGGCAGAAGUCACUACACCUAUAGAGCUAAUAAGCCGAGGCCCAGAUGGCCGAUUUGUAGUUGAGAGCAGUCCGCCACCUCGACGCAUCCAAGGCUUCCCUUUUGCUGAAGAGUCAGAUAUGUACCCUGAGUUCAGACAGUCUGAUGAGGAGAAUGAUUUUGACCCCGGGCCUCUUCCACCCAUCAUGCCCACCCUUCGGCCCCAGCUGUCUCCAACAUCAUCCAGCCUUGAGUCAACGCAGCCCCCCACCUACAGCCCCCGCCUGCACAGGGCCAUGGAAGGCAUGGGCUUUGCUGAGGGCAGUGCUCUUCACGCCUCAGGUCAGGCACCGGCUUCCCGAUACCGGGGCUUUCCCCACGGUCCAUUCUAUGGGUAUCUCGGCAGCCGCACUGAAUCAGGGAUUCCUCCACCGUUCUAUAUGCCUGACAUCAGCCCACGUAGCUCCGCUCUGUCCUCACCACCGGGCACUGCUGAGGGUCCCUUUGGGUACCCUUCCAUCCCUGAGGAGAGUGGAGAAUUGGAGCAUCAUCAGUACACUGCCUCUGGCCACUCGCUGUCACACAGUCCUCCGUCACACUCACUAGAAAGCUGGCAGCCACAUGAGCUACCUUUCCUAGGUCUGGAGGGUCCAAGGUUCAUUUUUCCUCCUCAUCAUACUUUACAUCAUCCCCAGGACCUCUCUGACCCUCCCCUCUACCCUUCUCAACAUUUCCCUCCCAGUCGCCUGCACCUUCCUUCUCUACAGGAUCCAACAAGCCCUGGCCUCCUGCAGUUGGAGGUUCCUGUGGCUCCCCCAGGCAGAGACAGGCCCCAGGGGCCUCCGGUUAGGCGUUUAGCUAUGCAACAGGCCCAGAGUCUCGGCCAGCUCAGACACACAUCCCACGGUGUGGGUGUACCAGUGUUGCCUUACCCAGACCCGGCACCCUGCACAGGAAGCCCAAGCACAGCCCCCAGUAGUAGUCCCCAGUCCUGGCUCAGCCCGAGAGCAGGGCGCCGGGCAGACCCCAGCCUACCCCCACUAGUCCUCCAGCCCUCUCGCUUGUCCCCCCUCUCUCAGAGCCCCCUUAGCACCCAGCCAGGUUCUCCAGACAUUUUAGUAAGGCCCCCGCCACGUCCCAGUAUCCUCCGCACCUCUCGAUCUCUAGAGAUGCCUGAGAUCACUCGGCAACACUCUGCUACUGUAAGUUUCUCCAGGAGGUCGUCUCUGAGCACCUCUCCCACCCUGAGCCAGCAAGGUGCUGCUGCUGCUGCUCAUUCAAGUCCCAGUUACCAUGCCCAAAUGUCAUAUGCCUCCACUGCAGCCAGUUACCCCUCACAGUCCCCCUCUCCCCCUCCUGAGUGCAGGGAUGUAUUUGGGCAGAGGCCAAGCCAGAGAAGGACAGAGGAGGAGAUGCUACCCUCAGAGCCCUCCCAGCUCCAGAUAUCAGCCUCAGGGGAACCUCUAGGUGCGUCUAGUGAUCCUGCUGAGUCUGAGAGUUUACCAGCACUACUUCAACAAUGUAUAACUAAAGCCAAGGGUCUGGCUGCCAACAACAAUAACAACACAGCUCCGGCGCACAGAACAGGUGCGCACCCAUCUCAGACCCAGCAGCUAUCACAGACACCCAAAGAGGGGACGGACCUGGAAUUCCACAGAAAAAGGAAACGGCAGUGCAAAAAGAACCCCUAUUUCUAUUUGGCCUCCCUCCUGCACCGCAGGAAGUCUGCCGAGGACCAGACAGGUAUUCUGGCCAGCGCAGACUCAGAGAGCUCAAAUUACGGCACUCUACGCUGACCCGUGUGGCCAACUAGCCCCUCCCCCGACUACUUCCUUAGCUGUUUCCAUUUGCUGUACAUUUCCUGUAAUCUCUUAAAGUUCAUUGGUGUUUAGGAAUGGCAGCAGAUAAUCUUAAUCUGAAUUCUUUGAAGUAGAAAAAAAAAGUCUGAUUACAAGUAGACAAGGAAUGGUUUCUUUUUGAAAAAACAAAAGAAAAACUGUCUACACUGCAGUUUUUUUUCUCUCUUUUACACUUGAAAAAGCUUGGAAAAAUAAUUGAUGUACAUACAUAGUAAUAACCAAGUGUGAGUGACGUAUGUGGGGACAAGGUUUCAUAACUAGGGGUGUGUUCACAUCUUUAGGUUUUUCAGUGAAACAGCACACUGUUAAGCCUGGUGCAUCUUUACAGAAAGGGGUUGCGAUCUACCUUUCCUAACAACGAAAUAGUGUCAGUAUUUAAAACACAGGGUUCUCAACCGCAAAAAUAUACCUCAGAGUAAAACGCAGAAUUGCUGUAAUUCUUGUGGUAUACUGUACGUACUUGACCUGUUUUGAAUAUGAAUCGUGUAGAUAAAAGGGUUUAUAUCUGACACACACACACACGCACACACACAUACAUACACGCAUUGUGCUUAUACAAACAGCUAAUAUGACGACUAUUACGGUAUCUCUCUCUCAUCUUGUGUGGAUAUUCAUUUAUGAUACAGUGCCAACGAUUAGCGACACAGUCUGACCUUCUUCAGUGGCUCAGUGUGUGUUUUUGCCUGUUGUUGCUGUUCUGACAUGUACAAGUCCAGAGUGCAACAAGUGUGGAGGACACUUCAGCCCAGCCCUGUGCUCUCUUAGAGAGGAUGAAAUCAUGUCAAUUUGACCAAACAAUUUGGUUUAAAAGGUUGUUGGUGCAAGUCCGCUAUCUGUAUAUCUGGGGUGUAUACAGUACAACUUCUAUUUCUAAAUUGCCAUUUCUUUAGCUCUGCAUUUAUACCACAAUUAGUUAGACAAUUAGCCACGACAGUUUACCAAAACCUCUUGUGGUCAUGUCAUUGCCUAAACACUUGAAUUAAAACCCAGACAUUUGUUUGACAGACAUCUAUUCCACCAACUCUAAAAGAAAAAAUACACAUAGGGUUUGUUUUUUUUGUCAUAAUUUGGUUUAAUUUUUUUUUUCUUUUUUUUUUUUGCAUUUUAGUAAACGGCUUACAUUUUAGUAAGGUUUUCCAUUUUAACGCUCUGGCUGCUUUAUCUAUUUAGGCUCUUCAAAGACUUUACACAGGGCUUAGAAAACCAAAUAAGUUGUAUUAAAAAGCUAACUGACAUAUUCUAGCAUACAGUACACACAGGUUUAUAUUUCUUUUCUGACAAAGAGUCCCCUGUGUUCUUAAACACUUGACUCUUCGAACAACAAUCUGGGAGUCAUACCACUAGGACUUGGGAAUAUUUUGAAGGUAACUGUUGCAAACACUCCACUACAUGGCACGCCUUGCUGUGCCUUUUUUGGGGGUUGGGGGGGGGGUUGGGCGAGUGCUUGUUUUGUAACAUUUGCUGCCUUUUUAUUUACCUUUUCAUAAGUCUCCCUGUGUAUUACUUUAUAAUUAUGUGUCUGUAUUUUGUUUUCCAUGGCCAGAUGGAUACAGCACAUACAUUUAAGAUACAAAUACAGCAUAAAACUGGAAUCAAAUGAAGGUCUUUAAAAAAAAGGUGCUACAUUUCUUUUUAAUGGUCAUAGUGUUUUUUCAGCACCUCGGUAUUUGAGUGAUUACGUUUAGCCACGGUUACUUAUGAGGCUGCAAUGUUAG